UUUUGCUUUUGCACCUAACUCCUGCAGCUGUGCGAGCUCUGCGGAACCGUGUAAGGUUUCAUUUUGCACUUGACUAGUGUUUGAGAAAAGCCGCAGGGACUGGGCAGUGAGAGGAAGAACCUUAUAAACUUUGGGGGCGGGGACAUUUUCUUGGCAGUGACAAGUAGCCUCGGACCUACAGUGCCUGGGCCAGUGACGUCAUCCUCCGUUCAGACACUCUGAAGGGUCUGGACGCUGCUCCAUGACCAACACCAAAGACCCCAGGAGAGCCAUGGAAUCUACGCUGGCGACAUCCAGUGCUGCCACCGGCCCGGUCACCUUCUCCCACGUCUUCGGUCAGCAGUGCCAACUUAUGGAAGCAGCUGUACAAUCAUUGCACACCCUCAAUGACCAGAUAUCCCAUUUUAUUGUCACCAAGUCGAAGGCGCUGGAGGAGGACCAAGACCCGUUUCUGCCCACUGAAAAGGAGACUCUGAAGAGUUCCAUGAUAUUGAUGAGGCACCUCUUAAUGGAUGCUCAGCACCUGCUAACCCUGAAGAAUCAUUAAGGCACCUCUGCUGACCUGUGGAUUCCUAGGUUGGCCCUGCCCGUGCCCACAGGCAGAAGGCCAAAAUCCUGAGCAUGAUGGAAGACAAUAAGCAGCUCGCGCUCCGCAUCGAUGGGGCGGUCCAGUCGGCCAGCCAGGAGAUGACCAACCUGCGAGCCGAACUCACGGCCACCAACCGGAGACUGGCGGAACUGAGCGGCGGCGGCGGCGGCCCCGGCCCGGGCCCGGGAGCAGCGGCCAGCGCCUCGGCGGCGGCGGCGGCGGACUCGGCGGCGGCGAACAUGGAGAACCACCAGCGCAGCGCGCAAGUUUUGUUACAAAAAAGAGUUUCGAGGAUUCAACAAAAAUACCAUUUGUUGAGAAACCUAAGAGAGCUACUUUCCCAGUAGCUCCAAGAGUCCUGGGGAGGUCCCUCUGAGGAGGUGAUGUCUGCUACAGAAGCAAGACUUCAGGCAGCUCAGCGGGAGAAAGCAAAGUCUAGGAGGAAGGAGGCCCUGGGGGCCAUGAAAGCCGACCGAAAGCGCCUAAAGGGUGAAAAGACGGACCUGGUGAGCCAGAUGCAGCAGCUGUAUGCCACGCUGGAGAGCCGCGAGGAGCAGCUGCGCGACUUCAUCCGCAACUACGAGCAGCACCGCAAGGAGAGCGAGGACGCCGUCAAAGCCCUGGCCAAGGAGAAGGACCUGCUGGAGCGCGAGAAGUGGGAGCUGCGGCGCCAAGCCAAGGAGGCCACGGACCACGCCACGGCGCUGCGCUCCCAGCUGGACCUCAAGGAUAACCGCAUGAAGGAGCUGGAGGCGGAGCUGGCCAUGGCCAAGCAGUCCUUAGCCACGCUGACCAAGGACGUCCCUAAGCGGCAUUCACUCGCCAUGCCGGGCGAGACGGUGCUUAAUGGCAACCAGGAGUGGGUGGUGCAGGCGGACCUCCCACUGACCGCAGCCAUCCGGCAGAGCCAGCAGACUCUCUACCACUCACACCCCCCCCACCCUGGGGACCGGCAAGCGGUCAGGGUGAGCCCUUGCCACUCCCGGCAGCCCUCCGUCAUCUCCGACGCAUCUGCCGCCGACGGCGACCGGUCGUCCACGCCAAGCGACAUCAACUCCCCUCGACACCGGACGCACUCCCUCUGCAACGGCGACAGUCCCGGCCCGGUCCAGAAGAACCUGCACAACCCCAUUGUACAGUCACUAGAGGAUCUUGAAGACCAAAAACGGAAAAAGAAGAAAGAGAAGAUGGGAUUCGGCUCCAUCUCGCGUGUCUUCGCCAGAGGGAAGCAGCGGAAGUCCCUCGACCCCGGCCUCUUUGAUGGUACCGCCCCUGAUUAUUACAUAGAGGAGGACGCGGACUGGUGAUACCCGCCUCCCUUCGCCUGCUGCCCGGCGGGCGUGUCUGUGCGUGUGGACGUGCGUGCGAGCGGGGAAUGCGCGGCUGGGCGUGCGUGGCGGUGCGUGUGCGCGUGCGUGGGAGCUCUCGCGCACGUGGG